UUAUGUACCUUUAAAUUGAUUUGUAUAAUUAUUAUUUAAGGAGACAAGAAAUGGGAAUUUAAUCAUAUCCACAUACAUUCUGUUUUACUCAUUUAUAUUUUGCUUUUCUUUUCUACAGCAAAUAAGUCAUGAUAAUAGUGAAACAAACAUAACAUCCCUAACCAAAAAAAACAAACAAACAAAGAAACAAUCCAACAAACAAACGAAAAAAGGACAAAACCCAAAACCCUAAAAACAAAAUCCCAAAACACAUUAACAUAAUUAAGAACCAAAAUCGAUCUAGUGGAUUAAAUCAAAGGGACGAAGUGGCAAUUUUUAUUCAUUUGGUUUUGAUAGUACCUACCAGAAUACUUAUUUGUAUUUUCUUUUAUGUUGGAGUCAAGAGUGUGGGAAUAAAAGUAUGGUAGAAACCACACGCCUCUGUAUAUGAAGUGUUCAUUUCUAUAAAUGGACAUACAGCUGAUACCUGUGGGCAAAUCUGGUCACUGUGGGUGUCCGUCAGCUGGACGUUUGUUUACUGAUGAUAACAAGUCUUUGAAUGGUUGCUUCUCCCCGUCAAGAUGGACGAAUGCAACCUGAUUCUAUCAUACACUUAUCACUUCCGGAUAACGCGCACCUGCUGAAGGUUUUCGUUUGAUACAAUAUUAAUGUGAAUGGUGUGUGAGUAAGGAAAGACUAAAUGAAAAUAACAACAUGGGAAUGCUUCACCGCUCGGUGCUUUCAAAAUGAAUUUUCGGAAAUAUAACAAUCGAGAAUGACAAUUAAAAUCGAAAAUGAAAUGGAUCACUUUGAUAUGUGUUAUCAAUUGCCUUCAAUAUUUAGCCGGCUCCCCUCCAUCAGCCCCUGGUGGUGUCCGCGUGGUGUACAGGGAAGCCUCCUUCAUUGUGACAUGGGACGUACCCCGCCGGACGUACGGGACGGUCACUAAUUACGUGGUUCCGGUCACCAUCCUCCCCGAGGCUAACCAAACAGUGUACAGGUCACAGAUACCCAUGCUCGUCCUUGAUGCAGGAUCCGAAAUAGGGAAGAUGUUCUAUCUCACUGUUUCCGCUGAAAAUAAAGACGGCCUCAGCAAGCCGUCACGGCCAUUCUACAUCCGGUCACCGUGUGGGGAGGCACUCACCAUGACACCUGGAUCGACGAUAACGUUGACCUCGCCCGGCUACCCGGACCCAGUCGACAGAGGGGUCAUCUGUCAGUGGGGUCUCAACACAACCGACACCUAUCUCAUUCAGUACCGCUUUGUCCUCAUUGACUUCAAUGGGGACUCCAAGACAGGGGGACAGUCGUGUGACGACGCCUUCCUUUCUCUGUCAGACGAUCAGAGACCGACCGUCAAAAUCUGCGGGAACAGAUCAGAGCACGAUAUCCAACGGGGUCCGGUCAAUAAGUUUUCAUUCUCCAGUGGAAUCCGAAGCAGAAUUAGAAAAUUCAAAGUAAUGAUUUCAGCAAAAGUGAAACCUCCUGGCCCACCAACGGAUAUCAAAAUGACGUCAACUAGAACUAGUAUAUCAAUGACGUGGUCCCCUCCGAUUGGACGUUACGAACCUUUGACCUCCUAUACUCUACGUUAUAGAUUGUCAAACUACAAAAGGGAAAUUGUGCUCUCUCCUCGCACUCCUUGGUUCAGCAUUAAUACUCUAAAUUUCAAAGGACAGCUUCUGGUUUUUAAUAUUUACGGAAAUAUCAGUGAUACAAAGGGGCAAGAGAGCAAAGAACAAUACUUCAGAGCUCCAUGUGGUGAACAUUUACGUUUACCUGGGUCGAGAGAGCUACAGAUAAGUUCUCCUGGAUACCCACGUCCCUACACCCCCGGGAUAAGCUGUACUUGGGUAGUGGACAACCCCCAACAGGACAACCUGACAGUUACAGUGGUACACAUGGAUAUAGAAAGCAGUUUGUCCUGUAGUAGUGACUAUUUAUCUAUAUCCAUCGGAGGGAGUUCCAGAAGAUGUGGAAAAAUACUGAGACCCAUAAGUUUAACAACUGUAGAAAAAUCUGUGAAAAUUUCGUUUCUCUCGGAUUAUAAAAAUCAGGGAAAUGGAUUUUUGAUUGAAGUAAAAACGGCAGGUGAAGAGAGAACUUCAUCGCCACAGACUCAUCUAACGCAGUGGACGGGCGUCACCUCAGCGGCUCCCCUUGGCGGUACAGACACAAAGAGUGUAUCUUCUGGAAUUGACCGACUCACGAUUAAAACGACAGCCAAUGAGCGACUGACGACUGAAACCAAUGAGCGACCGACGACUGACAAUGUUCAAUCGUUUAUACAUGCUUCUACGACUGAAUCUCGUCCAUCAGUGGCCACUACAAUACAAUCUACUCAGAUUACCGGUGAACCCUUACAUUCAUUAGAUGCUUCCGAGAUGACGACCACAUUUACUCAGCAGUCACAAAAUCAUACCCCAUUAAAAGGCAGCAGCUCAAAUAUUUAUUCACAAUCUUUGCCCUCUCAAGCUCACGUUUCAGUUUUGUCAUCAACCUCAACAACAUUAGAACCAUUUUGGAAAUCAUCAGCAUCAUACAUUCCUAAAGCAACUGUAGCAAAAUCACUGCCUUUAUCAUCAUCACUAUCGUCCUUGUCAACAACAUCAACAUCAUCAUCAUCAUCAUCAUCAAUGUCACUGUCAAAAUCAACCAUUUCAGGGCAAUUAUCACACACAUCAAGAACCCCGUCCAACACACAUACACAACUUUCAACAGCGUUAUCUGCUACUUUAAAUUCUUCUAUUGUUUUGUCAUCAAUAUCUUCAUUAACAUCCUCCUCAUUGUCAUCAACAUCAUCCUCACUGUCAUCUAUUUAUUCUUUUGAACAAACUCAACCAGUGCCAACAACAGAGGCGCCCUGGUCACUGUCUUAUCCUGAGAUUAUUGGAAGUAGUAUAGAACACGCUGUGCAUAAUGUUUCUAUUCAUCUUGAGUUUAUUAAAAGAAGGCGAUAUCGCAAGAAAUCGAUAUCAAAUAAUAUCAACAUUAUAUCAACACUACACGACAAGUUGUAUACUGUCUUCAAACAUCCCUCGGGUAUACUUCAGGAUUUAGCACUACGAAUCAUAGAAGCGGACCCGCUGUUUGUGUCACUCGUUCUGAUAUACAGUGUACCGAAGCUGUUGAUACAAAUGAAAACCGACGACGAUUUUCGACUCAUCAAAUUUAUCAACGACACCGCCAUCAAUGAACUGUCGAAAGACACUCUAACUUUUGGUGAAUGGACACUGAAUUGCAAUAAAUUAUCCCAAUUUCGAACUAUGAAAGCGUUUUAUGCUCAAGAAAUUACCUCCCCUUGUACGCUAGUUGUCGGAGUUUGCGGCAAAAAUUCUUCUUGUGCCACAGAUACAACCACGAAAUUUGGCAUUACGUGUGUCAAAUCAAACUCCACCGACACAGCCUCAGUGCAGUCAACGGUCAAAUCAAACUCCACCGACACAGCCUCAGUGCAGUCAACAGUCAAAUCAAACUCCACCGACACAGCCUCAGUGCAGUCAACGGUCAAAUCAAACUCCACCGACACAGCCUCAGUGCAGUCAACAGUCAAAUCAAACUCCACCGACACAGCCUCAGUGCAGUCAACGGUCAAAUCAAACUCCACCGACACAGCCUCAGUGCAGUCAACAGUCAAAUCAAACUCCACCGACACAGCCUCAGUGCAGUCAACGGUCAAAUCAAACUCCACCGACACAGCCUCAGUGCAGUCAACAGGCAGGACAGACGGCCUGACUCCGGUGAUAGUUGGAGGCUCUGCUUCAGCUGUUGUUCUCCUCCUGAUGAUCGUCGUCCUUGUCAUCUGCCGUGGGUGUCCAAGACGAUCUCUCCCUGUGACUCAACAUCGGCCGUUCAAUGACAUUCUGCUACAGAGUCGGUACAUCGGUGACAAGAACGUACAGUUCACGGCUUUCUCGUCCAGAGAUGUGAAAACCAACAGGAAGCGGAAGAAGGCCAUAAGCGUGUCACUUCCGACGAAAUCAAUCAAGUCCCCGUAUUUGAAUGGAUUAAUAGUAGAAAAAUUGCAGCAGUUGGAUUUCAUUGAAGACAAGAAAACAUUAAAACAGAGACUCCGGAUCAAGUAUCGGUCACGACGUAGUAACUCUCUGUAAACGUAGAGACAUGGCGACAUUUCAACAGUGUGUCGGCAACUGGACGGAACAACCAACAUAAGCAUAGAGACGGGGCAAAAUCCUGCUAGCGUGGACACAGUACAUGUAGCAACAAGGUAUCAUCUCGUGGAAACAACAGCCAGCAAGCAUUGACAGAAACUGUUGAAUACAUUUCUCUGAAAUGAAUAUCUUACCGGGAUUAAGAGCCUCUGAUCAUCUUGCCGGGGCAACAACCCAUAAACAUAUCAUUUAUUAAGUUAAAACAUUCCAGAGCAACAUGCAACCUCUGGAAUCUCGCCUGCAUUACAGCUUGUGAACACACCGGAGCAACCGCGUUUAAAUUACGAUACAGACAAAUUGCACGUGAACAUCUUACAAAAGCAACAGUCCGUCACUUUGAACAGUGAGAAAAACUAACAGUUUGUUAACAUUAAGGCAGAACUACGUUAUCUCUACCUCUUUUGAGUCAAUAUGGUAUUUUUACAACAUUGGUUAUUAAUUAAAUACAAAAAAUAAAAGACAUUUGGAAAAUAUUGCUAAAAAUGUGUCGUUAUUAUGUUAU